GAACUAAAACUCGUAGAAAUCGGAAGUUUCUCCAGUACAAAUUCAAGAAAGUCGAGAGGAAGGUUUACAAAUUUGUUCUAACAGAUAGAAUUUACAGUUCUGCAGUAUCAACAACAAUGGAAAUGGCAUUGCAAAAUGGUGGUCUUAUUCAGGAUGAGAAUCAUAAUGUCCACUAUAAUGGAUCCUCUGUUACAGGGAAGGCAAAUGCCAUCAAUUUGUUAAGAAAAAGUGGGCUUAGUGGGCGAAAGCCCCUCGGCGAUCUAUCAAAUUCAAGAAAGCCAGUCUUAAACCAGUCAUCAAAAUGGCAGACCCCAAAGAAUAUCAAGUUUAUUGAUGAAGAAGCUGGCGCAGGCAAAAAGAAAAACAUUCUGGAGGGCUCUGAGAGGGUGCAGAAGACGGGUUCUCGAAAAGUGCUUUCCGAUAUUUCAAACUCUGGGAAGCCAAACCUUCACGAGGCCUCAAAGAAGAAGCAGAACUUGAAGUUGAGCACCGUGAGGGAAAACUCUCCUCAUCACAAUGCUAUUUGCGAGGAACGAUUUCUGCACAACCAUCGAGAAUGCAUUAAAGUACAAAAUUACUCUAUCGACAAGGAUCAUUUUCUGAGCAUCGUUGGACUUGAUCUCCCCAAAGAGUUGACAUCCCCUAAAAAGGCUGAUUGUCCAUUUAAGCACUGGGGACUGGAGGAGACGAUGGAGUGGGCAGUUGCUAAUGAGUAUCCAAAAAAGUUGUGUCUGUUUGGAAGGGGAAGACUUAAUGAUUCAUCACCGCCGUGCAAAUCCCCUAAAUCACCUUCGUUGGAGGAUCCCUUUUCUCUCUGGAAGGAUAGGGAUAGUAUCAAUUUCACAUUGAUAAAGACACCAUAAGCACACUCAAGCCUUUUCUGGAAAGAUUGGUAAUGGUUGAAAUGUAGUGUGUUUUGAUUGAGAUGAAGGCUGUUAUCAUCUCUAACAUUCUAUGGGAGUGUUAAAAGUUGUUUUUAGUUAAAAUGUUGUGGGUUAUGAUUGAGACGAAGAUUAUCUUCAUCUUUAAGAUUCUGUGGAUGUUAAAAGGCCAUCUUAGAAAGAUUGUAAUAAUUUUUUUUUUUUUUUUGGUUUUUUGAUUGAGAUGAGGAUCGUCAUCAUCUCUAAGAUUCUAUUAAUUCCUUUGGUUCAGUAGUGGUGUUCUGUGCAUAGAGCCGUACUCGCCAGUUUUGUAAUGUUGUCCAAUUUAGAGUAAAAAAGCUAUUUGUUUGUUCUCUCA